UAUCCGCGGGGCUGAACCGUCGCGUGUCGACGCUACUAACUCAUUUCUCUCUCUCUCUCUCUCUCUCUCUCUCUCUGCCAUCGACCUCCCUCUCUGCAAUGGCGAGCAGUAAUCUCCCCCGAAGGAUCAUAAAGGAAACGCAGCGUCUCCUCAGCGAACCCGCUCCUGGCAUCAGUGCUUCACCUUCGGAGGACAAUAUGCGGUACUUUAACGUGAUGAUCCUUGGCCCUACGCAAUCUCCUUAUGAAGGAGGAGUUUUCAAACUAGAGUUGUUUUUGCCUGAAGAAUAUCCUAUGGCUGCUCCUAAGGUUAGGUUUCUCACAAAAAUAUACCACCCCAACAUUGACAAGCUUGGUAGGAUAUGCCUCGACAUCCUGAAAGACAAGUGGAGUCCUGCACUACAGAUUCGAACUGUACUUCUUAGCAUUCAAGCUCUUUUGAGUGCUCCAAACCCCGAUGAUCCGCUUUCUGAGAAUAUCGCUAAGCAUUGGAAGACAAAUGAGGCUGAAGCUGUGGAAACAGCGAAGGAAUGGACCAGAUUGUACGCUAGUGGUGCAUGAUGACGUUGGAGGAAAAACUUCCCCGAAUUGAAAUGAUUUUCACCUAGUGUAAUCUUAUUCACUUUGGACUAAAGAUGGAAAUGGGAAGAAAUGCUAUGCCCAUUUGAUGUUUGGAUAUUCUUGUAUAUUCAUACGGAGAAUUAACUGUGUUAA